AUGUUGUUGCAUGCAGAUGGGCCCCUCAAGUGCUCAGCCAUCAAGGAGUCACAGUGGGCAGUUGCUGUUAUAGCUACCACUAUAGUAUGUUUCACUUGGAGGUACCCAUCAGAGAUGUUUGAGAGCAGUGCUAAUAUAGCUUUAGUAAAACUAAUGAAGGUUCAUGAACUCUUAGAAUCACUAUUGACCAACAAAAGCGCUGUGCCUAUAUCUCCUGGAGGACACAGAGAGUUAAUAGAAUUCUCUGAUGUGCAGCUUCUAGCAUACUUAGACCAUUUUGAAGAAAAGAACCGAGGAAAGGACAAGGAUCUGGAGUUUCUAUUGAAUCCUAGAGCUAAAGAUGACGGAGGCCAGAUAGACAUCUGCUUGGUGACGUCCACCACAAACACUCAAGUCACCAUAACCCCAGCUGGAGAUAAGGCACAAGAUAUAAAGCCUCCAAAAGUUGCAAGAUUCAUUUCUCACAAGCCAUCUGUGGAAGAGAUACGGGAUGAUUAUCCUGGAGUUACUGUACUGAAGGGCGUGGAUUUCUCAAGAAUACCUGCUCUCCUGUUAGAAAUGCAAGAAAUGAUGGAUUAUAAAGCACAGAAGGAAAUGGACAAGGCAGGCAUUCUUCCCACAGAUGUCCAGAGGCUCGAAAUCGAAGCCCAGCUCCUUCGAGAGGCCGAGCCCUUUUACCUCAGCCAAGAUCUGAAAUGGAAACUUCCUGGACAUAAUGGUAACUUGAGAGUGUUCAAACAGGAAAUGUGCAACAAUAUUCCAGUCCCAGACAAUGUAGCAGAUUUCAUAUCCAGCACAAAGGACAUAUAUGACCAACUGAACUCCAAGUACAAUAUCAAUGGAAGCAGUUUACAUUCUACAAGCAAAGUAAAUUUACCAAGGGAUAAAGACAUCCUCAGAUUACUUAAAGAGGCCCAGGAACUCGGCUUUUCAGGUUCUCAUUCUUUUAAAAGUUAGUUGCUUCUUUAAUAUAAAUUGAAAAAUGUAAAGUAUAGGAGAGAAAAAAGGCAUAAAUCUUUAUUCUUGUCUUGUGAUAAUUUUAGGCAUAUUGAUAUGGACUACAUUUAAUUACAAUUUAUAUCAUUAGUUGAUAAGAAUCUCAGGUUUAAACCAGAACAGUGUAAAAGAUUUAUCUAAAUUGGGUGCACACAUACAGGAUAUGUACCCACUAACAUUUUGUAAGAGUAAGAGAUGAAAAAGUACAAGCUUUAGACUAGGAUAGGCAGAUGUGCUCCUAAAAAUGGCUGUAUCUUGUAUACUUUUAUAUACAUUAGUGUUUAACAUUUGCAAAAGCAUACAAUGUUCCUUUUUUUAUAAGAGUUUAUAGAAUUUUUAUACAAAAUACAAAAUAUACAGAACAA